AUGGGAAUCCACGAGAAGGAGUGCCAAACUUCAAUACAACAAGAACAGCACGAGAUUGUUAAACAACUAUCAGUGCAAGAGCGGGACCAAAGAGAAGAUAAAGAUCAUCAAGAGGAGCAAAAACAACAACAAAAUAACAUUAUUGUUGCAGUACCCGUGGCUCCGUCUUCGUACGUGGGAUCAGAGAACUAUGGAUUCAAGACACCAACAUCUUCAGAUCACAAGAUUCCAAUGAUCCUAGAAUGCCCAGGUGCACCGAGGAAGCCAGCCACAAAAGUGAUGAAACGUAAAGCAUGUAACCCAAGAAUUGUGCGUAAUCUUUCCAAAGAGUUUGAAUCACGCCGUUACUGGUAG